ACAGUACCAACGAGAAACGAUUUCGCUUCUGUUAGUUUAACAAGAAAAAUGCAACACUCUACUUUAAUGUUAAAAAUUAAAAUCUCACCCAGGUCGCUUUCAAUGUUUCUGAUCAAGACAUGGAGGGCAACGGCUUUUGGAGUGUAUGGUUACCUGAAUUUCACCAGAAAUGGUUUCUUGGAACAUGCCAAAAACUUCAAAGAAGAAGAUAUGCAAAAACGUAUAGAAGGGAAGAAUUGCAUAGUUACAGGAGCAAAUUCUGGAAUUGGUUAUGCGACUGCUGAGGGUCUUGCUUUGCGCGGGGCAACUGUCUAUAUGGUAUGUCGUAGCAAGGAGAGAGGAGAAGCUGCUCUUUCUUCUAUUCAGUCUAAGACUGGGAAUCCAAAUAUUCAUUUGGAGAGCUUUCAGGUGUGUGAUCUUUCAUCUGUCAAUGAUAUCAAGUCUUUCACAUCCAGGUUUUCUUCAAAGGAUGUGCCAGUUCAUGUUCUGGUUAAUAAUGCUGGCUCACUGGAGCAAAACAGAGUUGUCACACCGGAAGGUUUUGAGACAAAUUUUGCGGUAAAUGUAUUGGGAACAUAUACCAUGACAGAAUUAAUGUUGCCUUUGCUGGAGAAAGCUGCACCUGAUGCUCGAGUGAUCACAGUUUCCUCUGGUGGAAUGUAUUCAGUUCCCUUGACUACAGAUUUACAGGUGGCUUUAACAGAAAAGUGGUCUGAAAUGUACAAAGAGAAAGCAAUUGGUUUCUACUCGAUGCACCCUGGUUGGGCUGAGACGCCUGGAGUAACUAAGAGUUUGCCUAGUUUUAGUGAAAGGUUUGCAGGCAAGCUUAGAACAAGUGAGGAAGGUGCAGACACUGUUGUCUGGUUGGCUUUACAGCCAAAAGAAAAGCUGGUACCUGGUGCAUUUUAUUUUGACAGAGCUGAAGCACCUAAACACCUGAAGUUUGCGGCAACCGGGGGCUCUCAUACUGCAGUCGACUCCAUUGUUGCAAAUCUUCGGUCAAUGGCCAACCUGCCUCCAUUGAAUUAAAACUAUCUUCAUCUUCUACACUUAAAAAGUCUUUUCCAUGGUGAUUUGAGUUCUUUUUCUAGAUUUACCAAGUCAUACUUGAAGAAUAUAGAAUGCUAAACUUGUACCAUGUUGCAGAUUACAAUAUUAAUGCUGCAAAUUUCACAUUAAACCAUAUAUACUAAUACCAAUUAAUAUAAUAUCCAAAUCUUCAAAACUUUUCUUUAGCAAACAGAUAUCAUGAGCAAGCUUGAUACUAUUUAUUGAUUACAACCAACUCUUCAAU